AUGGCCCAAAAAGCGCGCAAAGACAGGGCCAAAUCAAACUCGGCGGCUCUCAAUAACCUCCACAUAGGGUCGCUCAUCGUUAAUGGACUUUUCCUGCUGCUGCACCUCGUCUUCAGAUCGCGCUCCCUCCUGCUGUGGUUCAUUCUCUCGCUUCCCAGCUUCCUCUGCCAAUUCACGCUAGAACGCACCGGACGUCCCAGCUAUGAUCCCGAGACAAAAGCACUCAAAUCGUCGGGUGAGGACCUCGCCGCUCCCGGACUGACCGAGUAUAUGUUCGACGUCAUUUGGGUGACCUGGGCUACUGCGCUUCUUGUGGCGUUAUUCGGCAACUGGGCAUGGUUCUUGUGGAGCGUGGUCCCCGCGUAUGGCGCGUACAAAGCUUUCGGCAUGAUGGGCGCCGCGAAGCAAAUGGCACAGAUAGGAGCCGGAGCUGGCGCGAACGCUCCUCCUCCAGCCGGCAAUCGAAAGCAGCGACGAGCAGCAUAA